AAUGAAGCUAGAGGAUUCUUGUGCCCAGCGCAACUUGGUUUUAAACCUUUUACAUCGAGAAAUAGGGACCCAAUAUCGAAAAUAUGGAUCGAUUCGAAACACAUAUCGUCAUCCAUAUCAGCUUAUUGCCGCAGUGCUGCCUGAUUUAUCUGCCGGUCAUUCCAUGGAUCGAUACGAUCCAACAGCGAGCCCAUCGUUCUCGACGUACGCGAAAUGCCUCGGAUUCUCGCCAGACGGGAAAUAUAUGGCAUUUCACAGUCAUGCUCGUAGUGCGAUUUCUGUGCUCAGAUAUAGUGGAUUGGAGAAUUUUGUGAAGGAUAAUGUUGAUCUGAGGACAUUCUUCAAGAAAAUCGAUACAUUUCAAUUGAAAAGAUUCGUUAGAACGCUAAAUUGCCGCCUGAACCGGGUGCUCGGAAGCUGGUGGACUGAUGAUUCGUCGAUUCUUAUUGUUCAAUUAUCACUUAAUAAGAUUUAUGAUGAAGAUUCGGAUCAGAAUGAGUCUGAUGAAGAACAACUACCCCAAGCCUACGAUAUUGUGAACCACGAUGCGGAUUUUUUCGCAAAUGAGCUCCCGAGUACCCCAUCAGAACGAGAAGCUUCACCACCAUCAAGCUCCCAAUUCUCGAAUUCAGCGGCUCCAAAUCUCCCAGAAACAAAGCAACCACCAACAACUACAGACCAAUAUUCAGAGACAAGUAGAACAAUUCCAUUUUAUCUGGCAAUGGAGUCAGCGGCAACGAUAUCAUUAGAUGGGGAACGAGUUGCCGGGGAAACAAGUAGAACAAUGCCUGUAUAUCAUUCAUUAACUGCAUCAAUUAUUGAUGGAGAACGAGAUGGCUGGGAAGUUGAUCCAUCAAUUCCAUCUACUUCGAAUUGGUGUCCACCCCGUGAAGAGGAAGAACCGAGGGAAAAACGGCAGAAAAUUGGGGAAGAUUCAUCUUUUUCGGAUUUCGAUUCGCUAUUUGAUCAACUAACCGAGAACUUGUCACACAACAAAUCCCAAGAAAAUCGUUCACCAGCAAUGCGUUCACUUAUUGAAAAUCUACGAAAUAAUCCAAGAAUCUCCAGUCGGCAAGGAUCACCAAUUACAAAUGCCAGUGGUCUUGGAUAUUCUGCGCCUGGAUCGAUUUUACGAAGAUCUAGAGCUUCAGCAAUUCCAGUUCUACCAAAUUUUCAUGAUGAUUCUGCUGAUGAGGAAGAAGAGGAAAAUAGUGAAAGAUCGGAUACUGUUAUGGGUUUUUUGGCUUUUGAUGUCAAGACAUCUACCACAACUCCACUAAUCCUGCGUAAUCUGAAUAAUAAUUUUAAAUGUCAUAUGAGAAAUCGUCGAUUAACCGUAUGCUGCAAUGAAAAUCUAAUCGAAACGUAUCAAUUAACAAAAAGCAAUGGAAAAAAUGAAUGGGAAAAGAUUGGACAAACCCGACUUCCAAAUCUCAAUUCAUUUCCAAUUGAUCUACACUAUAGAUGUGGAACUGCAGUUGGAAUGUCUUCUAGAAUGGAGGAAGUUGAACAGGGCCAAAUUUUCACCGAUGUAUUCAAUUUUCAUCGAUUUCAUAGCCCAAUUCAACAGGAUAUUCUCACUAUUCUUCACAGAGAUGCACCUGAACAUGCUUCCAGGCUUUUUGGAAAAUCUCCGAAACUCACCCAAUGUCACAUGAUUUCUGAUGAUCUUCUCGCGGUUACCAUGACUUUUCACAAACGCCGAUCAAGCCCUCUUCACAUUGGAGCCACCAUCUCAAUUUUGGACUCAUCGAUUACCGUAUACCCGAAUUACCACGAAUACCUGAAGCUUCUCUUCACUCAUCACCUUCCUGACCUAUUGCCACGUCACUGGACGUACCUGAAUCCGACACCAGCACACGAGCAGCCAUGGUUCAAAAAUAGUUUGAUAAAUGUCUCAAAUCCGGAUGAAUUGAACAAUUUCGAUCGACUAUUUGAAGUAUAUCAUAUUUUGAUUUCCAAUUUUAAUAAUGUGAAAAGCACAUCAAAUCCGUUGACAGAUGCAUUUUUUAAUGCUGCAGAAGCAGAGGAUUUUAUGAAUAUGGGAAAAUCCACGAAUCACUAUCCCCGGGAUACCUCGGCGUGGAAUCAUUUUCAUGAGAAUGAAGAAUUCGGUGCAACACUGUACUAUCAUCCAAUUGAUCCAGUUUUAUUUCUUAAAGUUGGAUCAUUUUGGUUGGUUGCUCAUCGUCAGGCAGAUGUAUCAGACGAUUUUAUUGUUUCGAAAAAUUUAGAACAUUGAACAUUUUUUGCUUGUAAAUAGUGUAAUAACAAUAAAAAUUUAUUUUUUUAACGGAAUUUUUGAGGUUAAAAAAAUAAAAAUCU